AUGUCCUUCACCACCGCCGUCGCCGGCCCAUCACGCCUCCCUCACCUCACGCGGCCCCUAGCCGCCUCCGCGCGGAGGGGGUACGCUGCGCCCGCACGUAAGAGGAACGACGAGGACGAGCAGGAGCUCGACGCGGACGGCAACCCGAUUGGCGGUGUCAUGGACGAUGUCACGCCCGACCAGGUGCCUCCUAUCUGGCGCUUCUUCCGGAGCUAUGGCGACCAGUUCCGGGUCCAGCCUGACGGCCAGCCAGCCAAGUGGAUUGGCGGCAAUAUCCCAUACCCUUCCAACCCCUCCUUCCGGCCACCACCACCCCUCUCCAACGACUUGAUGGACGUGCUGUCUGAGGACCUCUUGCAGCCUGGGGCUACCGUCGGCCAGGUUGCCGAGAAGCACAACGUGUCAAAAGCGCGUCUUGAGGCUGUCAAGAAGCUCAAGAUGGUCGAGGCCGAGUUUGUCCGCCAGGGUCUUCCUCUCCAACACGCAUUCCACAACCGGAUGGAGGUACUUUUGAACGUCCAAUCGCCCAAGAAGAACAAGACGGUGUCACUCGAGUCGCGCCGAUUCGAGGAGCAGGGGCGCGCCGCACACCCAUCAACCAAGGCUGAGCAGGACGAAGAGUGGAUCAAGGAGCACAGCACGAGCCACGGCGGUGCGUUCGGCGACCUCCACAAGCAGGCCAAGUACGAGGGUAUGGUCAUGGAGGCGUGGCAGUUCAAGAGCGAGGCCGAGGUGAUUGCGGACCGCAAGGCGGCUGCUGAGGCGGCCGAGCGCAAGCCUAUUCCCAAGUGGACCCCGCCUGUUCAGCCUACGAACUUUGCCAAGCCUGCCAACACUGUUUACCGCUUUGUCGACACCACUAAGGAGGAGAAGCGCAAGUCUUCGGAGCGCAAGGCUGCCAAGGACCGUAAGCAGGAGGCCAAGUUUAAGCGCGCCGGGUAG